AAAGAAAGAGAGAGAGAGAGAGAGAAAGAAAACGCUCACAAGAAGAGAUCUUUCUCCAAGGGCUGUUGGGAGGAGCAGUGGACUACGCCUGGCACACAAGGCCUGCUCUUCCAGGCAGGCCGUUAUUCUCAUUCCACAGUUAACGACUGUCUUGGUCAAAUCACCUGUGUGGUGAUACCUGGAAGCCUUUCCAUGUGACCACCGCGUGGGAGGAAAGCAGCCUGGCAGGGCCCCAGAGAGCAAAGGCAAUGAAGUGUGCCGACGAGACACAGGCGCUGACAGCCCCAGCCGCUGGCCCCUCCCUCCAGAGCCACAGCUGGGCUGAGACUCCAGGAGGGGGUGCUGUGGUGACUGGGCCCAGAACAGAGUGGGGAACUGGGAAUGUGGGUCCCAGUCCUGGCUCAGCCAACAGCUGUCUGAGUCACUUUGGGCAGAAUUCUAGGCUGCACCCUCUACCCCAGGACAGGGACUCCCUGAGCCAGAACCAUCAGCUCCUGGAAGGGGGGCAGGCAGGAGACCCAUCAUCGGCCCCAGAUCUGGGUGAAGCCAGGAGUGGUGCAGGCCAAGGGUGGGAGAGCCCUGGAAGACCUGCAGAGCCCACACACGGCUCCUUACAAGAGCUGAACCCCACUACCAGGAGGAGCUUUGGGGUGCCAGGCAGCUCAGAGUACAAGGACCUGGCCCAGAGGGAAGAGAGGAGUGAGGCAGAACCUGAGACCCAGGAAAGAAAGCUCACUCCCGGGACCCCUGGGCCGGGAGACCUGCCCUCCCAAAACCCGCCUUCCCAAGAUGCCCUUGAAGGACUGGGCUGGGACUCGCACCCCGGCCAGGAGAGAGCAGAACUUCAAAGACCGCCAAGGAUGGACACCCCUCAGAGUCUGAGAGAGGAGGACCCUCAGGAUCAGAAAGCAGAGACCCCUCAGUAUGAGAGAGGGGAGGCCUCCCCGGGCGAGAUCAAAGAUGCUCCUCAGCGUCAGAGGGUGAAGACACAGCGGGGCCAGAGCCCAAGAGCUCCUCAGGAUCAGAGGGAGGAGGCCCCCCUGGGUGAGAACAGGGGCGUUCCUCAGAGUCGAAGAGAAUUUAGUCCUAAGUGCCAGGGAAAGGCGAGUCCCCAGAGUCUGGGGAAGAUGCUGCGGUCUUGGGAAGGCAAUAUCUCACAAGCCUGGGAGGUGGCUCCCGGGGAGGCCACUGUACAGCUCCCAGAGGAAGGCGGCUCCCGGAGCCAUCGGAGGGACUCCUGCGGGUCCCUGAAAGCCCAGACUCCAAAGCCUGUGGGCAGGGAGAGCCCAGACCUCCGGAGAAGGACUACCGCGAUGAUGCAGGGCAUGAUCAGAGGCGAGACACAAAAGUCGGCACCGGCGGUGGCAAACCUGGGGGUCGCCCAGGAGGGGGCGUGGGCUGCGCUUCCCGGCCCAAAGCCCCCGGCCCCGCAGCUGCUUCCAGGUCGCGGAGCCGGAGCUGUGAUGCCAGCGACCCUGCGCGCCAAGGUAUCCGGGCAGCAGGGGCUCCCCGGGGGUCUCCGGGGGCCCCCAGACCCGGAGCGCGAUCCGCACGGGCUGCAGGGCCCUGGAGUGGGCCCCGGCCCGGGGGAGCAGGAGGUGGGCCAGGCUCGGCUUCCGGGUGCCCUCUGGGGUCGCGGGGGCGACCCUGAGCGUCCCAAAGCCUCGAAGGCCGCGUGGCCGGCCCCCCUAGGCAGGGCCAAGGCGCCUGCGGGCUUGAGCGCGGCGCAGCAGGAGGCGGCUCUGCAGCGGCUGCUGGAGCUGCACAGCGCAGCCAGGUGGCGGCGCCGGCGGGACCGUGAGCAGCAGUGGCUCCGGGUCCUGGAACGCCUCCACAUCGCCAGGAACCGCCACUGCCGGGUUCAUCCCGUGGGGCUCCCGCCCAGCCCGGCUCAACUACCGCCACAGGAGGACGCGACUGGGCGGCGGCGCGCCCUGCGGAAGCAGCUGGAACAGAUGCAUAGGGAGAGGACCGGGCGGCUGCGGGCCCUCGGGGCCAGGAACACUCAGAACUUCCUGGAACUACUAUGUUCCCCUGGUGCUGCGGGUCCCAUGCCUGCAGAGUAGUGCUCGCCCUUCCCAGCCCCCUCUGGUCAUUGCUGGGUACUCAAAGGGAUGAUUAAAGAGAUGAGGGUUACGGAAAAA